AUGAUGCCCACUGUGCCACUGAGCAUGGCCACUCGUAUACCUCCCGCCGCAGACGAGGGCGGCCGUGUCAUCCGCGUUACUCGCCAUGUACAAUACCCAGCAGAUCACAUGUUCCUCAGCAGCAGAGAGCCCUCCGAGAUUAUGCAAUACGCUCGAGACGCGACCAUGGCCCGCGGCCGCAUCCUCUACGAAGUCAUAGACGCAUACCGGGGACAAAACGGCGUCAUAGGCUAUAUCGUACCUGCUUCCAUUCUCUCCGAAGCGAUCCAGAAUGGUCGAAAGAUUAAUGGCAGCGCACAGCAUCGUCAUCAUCUGUCUCAAAAAGAGCGAGCUGCUUUUGCCGAUGCACGUCGAACAGUGCUAGACCAGUUUCCCGGGAUCGAUGAGACUGCCGUGAGGUUGGUGGUUGAGAGACUACUGAGGCCACAUGGCACGCAUAUCACAAGGUCCAACAUGGAAAAGGCGGUCGUCGAUUACAUUAUUUAUAUGUGGACAUCAUAUCGCUUCCGAGUCGAUCAGGGCGAGUCCAAAGCAUCCGCAAUGGAGGCCGUCAAGCCGCGCGUGAGAGAGCUUUUGAAGACUUGGCUGGCUCCCAAUGUUCCUACUGCUGGGCUGUAUGAUCUCUGGCGACGUUGGGACUUACUUGAUGCCCGGAUGGAAGGAUUCCACCCAUCAAGCGCGCUGACAUACUACGCGGGCAAAGAGACGAUGGCGAACUUGGUGGGCAGGUCGCGGGCUUUUGCAUAA